AUGCGUGCGAACGAACUGCGCAGAAGAAUUUUAAAGGCCACGAGGCCCACGACAAGCAAAACGUCACAAAACGCACGCGCCACUCUCACUCUGCGUCUGAAAAAGCGCGCGAAAGCUCCAUAGCAGUCCGUGCGACGAAGCAGAAUGCCGGAGCUUCCGGAGGUGGAGGCGGCGAGGCGGGCCGUGGAGGAGCACUGCGUGGGGAAGAAGAUAAAGAAGGCGGUCAUAGCAAAUGACACCAAAGUCAUCGAAGGAGUCUCGCCCUCGGACUUCGAGGCCGCUCUCCUGGGCAAGACCGUAGUUUCAGCCCGCCGCAAGGGCAAGAACCUCUGGCUCCAGCUCGAUUCCCCUCCCUUCCCUUCCUUCCAAUUCGGCAUGUCGGGUGCUAUAUAUAUUAAGGGUGUUGCAGUUACAAAAUACAAGAGGUCUGCUGUUAAUGACACUGAUGAAUGGCCUUCCAAAUACUCAAAGUUUUUUAUAGAACUUGAUGAUGGUUUGGAGCUGUCUUUCACUGACACGAGGCGCUUUGCUAGAGUCCGCUUACUCACAGAUCCAGCUGCAGUACCCCCCAUAUCUGAGCUUGGACCUGACGCACUAUUGGAGCCUAUGACAGUUGAUGAAUUUAUUGAAUCCUUGAGCAAGAAGAAAAUUGCAAUUAAGGCUUUAUUACUUGACCAGAGCUACAUUGCAGGUAUUGGCAAUUGGGUCGCGGAUGAAGUGCUAUACCAAGCAAGAAUUCAUCCACUGCAAAUUGCUUUCAGCCUGUCCAAGGAAAACUGCGCAAACUUACACAAGUGCAUAAAAGAGGUUAUUCAAUAUGCGGUUAGAGUUGAUGCUGAAUGCAGUCGGUUUCCUCUUGAGUGGUUAUUUCAUUUUCGAUGGGGCAAAAGGCCUGGAAAAAAAGCAAUUGAAGUUGGGGCAGAUAGUAGUCAGUUUCCUAAAAACUGGAUAUUUCACUCCCGCGAAAAGAAAUCUAAGGCUUUUGUUGAUGGGAAGAAAAUUGAUUUCAUCAAAGCUGGUGGCAGGACAGCAGCAUAUGUACCAGAGUUGCAAAAGCUAAGUGGAAACCAAGCAGCAAAAGCAGUAGGUGAACCCAAAAAGAGAACUUCAAAGAAAAAAAGUGGUGGGAACGAUGACGAUGACAGUGAUGAACCGGCAAGCAAGGAAGAAGAAAUUAUUGAAAGUGAUGAACUGAAGAAAGGACCUAAGCCUAGAGGUCGAGGUAAAAGGCCUUCGAUGAAAAGAAAAACUGAGGAUAGUGAUGAUGAUGAGGGUGACGAUGAUAAUAUUGGCGGUGCUGCUACUGCUGAUAGUGAUAAUGAUGAAGUCCAAAAGAAGAAAAUGGAAAAUACAACCACUAAUAAAAGAGCUAAGGCAGAUAAGGCAUCAGAGAGAAAAGUGCAAACCAGUCAAAAUAGUAAGGCAAAGAAGAAAGCAAGGUAGGCAGGUAUCAAGAUAUUUAGAAGGCUGUCAUCUUUUUGAAGAACCGGAAGGACAAGAAUAUUUUGUUUGCAACUAUUUUUAGUAGGCUAACCUUUUUGUCAUGAAACUGGUCAAUCCUAACACUGUCGCUUCCUUUCUGGUCAUGCACAUGACUCCUAUCAAUAUCAUGUAUGCACUCCCUACUAUAUGGCAUUUUACUUCAUACAUCAUAUGUUCUUUUACAUGUGUGUAUUGGACUUUGGCCUACAAAGGGUUUUUUUCUCUACUGAACCAUAUACAGUUGUAAAAGUUGUGGA